UCUUCUCCACCUUCUCGUUAUUUCUUCCGACUCCUUUUCUUUUAUCAAAAUCUUUUAUCAGAAAAUACAGAAGGACCCCAACUAUUACUAUUUCGGAACUUUUCUAGGGUUUACGAAUUUGUCUCGCUGAUCUGUUCACGUUGGAAGAAAAGCUAUCAAAAUUCCUCGUUUAAUUUCUCCUUUCCGGAUGAAAGGAGCUUGGACCACUAGGAGCUUUGCAACCAUACAUAGGGGUGAGAGGAAGAAAUCAGGGAGAAGUGGUUGUUAUUUGAUAUAUGUAUCCCUUGCAAGGAGGUCUUCUGUACCUCUGCAUUAUUAUUUCAUAGAGAGGAUGGGGAGAUCAAACUUUAUUUCAAUUUUAGUAUACACCGUGGAGCAUCUUGGAGCUUAUAAGCAAUGGAGCUUGUGGAGCACCACUCAAAUCGAGGAUUGCUCUCUUGAUUAAAGAUUCUAAAUAAUUUCUCUGGUAGAAUAAUAUGAGAUCUUCUCGCUCGAUCUACGUGGGUAACCUCCCUUUGGAUAUAAAAGAAUCGGAAAUUGAGGAUCUAUUUUACAAGUAUGGUCGUAUAGUGGAUAUUGAGCUGAAGAUCCCACCACGCCCUCCUGGUUUCUGUUUUGUGGAGUUUGAGGAUUCACGGGAUGCCGAAGAUGCAAUCAGGGGCCGUGAUGGCUAUAACUUUGAUGGUUGCCACUUAAGGGUUGAGCUUGCCCAUGGGGGUAGAGGGCACUCAUCUUCAUUUGAUCGUCGCGGUGGUUAUGGUAGUGGUGGUGGUGCUCGGGGUGGUGGUGCCGCUGCUGCUUCACGUCGCUCUGAAUAUCGAGUCGUGGUUCGUGGACUACCUGCUUCUGCUUCGUGGCAAGAUCUAAAGGAUCACAUGCGCAAAGCUGGUGAUGUCUGCUUCGCACAAGUUUUUCGUAAGGGAGAUGGUACCAUGGGUCUUGUAGAUUAUACGAAUUAUGAUGACAUGAAAUAUGCUAUUCGUAAACUUGACGAUACAGAGUUCAAAAAUCCCUUUUCAAAGGCUUAUAUUCGUGUGAAGGCAUAUGAAACCAGUCCAUCUAGAGGCCGUAGCUCAAGCCGCAGUUCCAGUCGUAGCCGGAGCCGCAGUCGAAGUAGAAGUGCGGGGAGAAAAAGGAGCAACUCAUUGGAACAAGAAGGAUGUGUGCCUAGAUCUCCAUCAAGAUGUAGGUCUGUAACUCCUGUCAAGUCGAAGCCAAGGUCAAAAUCAAGGUCAGCUUCACCAGACAAGGUGCGCGCUCUUAGUCCCUGAUUUGUUUGCAGUUUUGCGGUUCAAAGGAACUAUUACUCUUUGAUAUCUUUUUGUUUUUAUAUACUUUUGCAAAAGAUAUCUUUUUGUUUUUAUAUACUUUUGCUGAGGUAUGUUGUUGCCUUUUUUCCCCUCCAGUAUCAUGUACAAUAGUUUUAAUCCUACUUGGUUCUCGACAUUAAAGAUGAGCUCGUAAUGUUAAGACUGAAUAUUGUUGAUUUCGUAA